AUGGCUUCUCCGUCGACAACACCCAAGGCUCCUUCUCCGCCCCCAGCCGGUCAUGGUCCCAGCAAGAUGGAGAGAAGGAUGUCUCAUUUCAAAGAAUACAAGUUCUUCAGGAGUUUCAGUGCGAAAGUGGAGAACUGGCCUAUGAGAAAAGCCGAACAGCUGUGGAGGAAAAUGCGAGAACGAAAAAUUGCAGGUAAGCUCUUUUACAUAGUAGAUAUUUUUUGUAACAUCUCUGAAGGUUUAGGAUAA